CGCAGUGUGUCAGUUUGUCUCUGACAGUUGAAGUAUUCACUACUUGUUUGUCAAUUUAAUCAAAAUGGUCAAGUAUAUGCUGAGUGCUGUCGUCUUGUUGUGCCUGAUGGGCUACAUUUCUGCUGGGCCAAUUCCGAAAGAAUUUCAAGAAGUUGCCGGAGAUAUUCGCAAGGUGUGCAUUGAAGAGACGGGUACCACUGUUGAUCUCAUUGAACGGGCCGGAAAGGGUGACUUCGCUGAGGACGACAACUUGAAGUGUUACCUGAAGUGCCUAUUUGCGCAAUUCGGGCUGAUCUCGAAGAAGGGGCUGAACUUCGAGCAAUUGGUCAAGGUUGCUCCACCAGAUAUGAAGGACAUGGCGAAACAGCUUGGAGUGACUUGCAAGGAUAUCAAGAUAAAUGCGGACGGAGAUCAAUGCGACCUGGCUUACCACAUGUCCAAAUGCUUCUUCAAUACUUUCCCUGAUCAAUACUUCAUCAUGUAACAACUGCAAAGAAUGAUCUUCAGUGUGACUUUACUUUCACGAAUUAACAAUCAACUACAGUUUUGCAAAUCUCAAUUUGUAUUUACAUUCAAAUAAAUCCGUUACUCCAAACA